AUGGAAAGCUUUGACAUUCCCCCAAACCAAACGUUAUAUGUAAAUAACUUAGAAGAAAAAAUAAAUGUAAACGAUUUGAAAUAUUUGUUAUAUGAAUUUUUUUGCCCAUAUGGGAAUGUGCUGGAUGUGGUUUUAAAAAAAUCGAAUAGGUUAAGAGGACAAGCAUUUGUUAUUUUUAGCAAUAUUGCAUCGUCAACUUUGGCUUAUAAAAAUUUAAAAGGAAAGUCUUUUUUAAAUAAAAAUAUAAACAUUAAUUAUGCAAAAACAAAGUCAAAAAAAAUUGAAGAAUUAGAGGGUACAUAUAAGCCAAUUAAGAAUUACAAAUCAGCAAAUACUUAUGAAAAUAAAAUAAACUUAUUUACCUUGUUUGUUCAGAAUUUACCAAAUGAAAUUAAUAAAAAUGCACUAGAAAUUUUAUUUAAUCAAUAUCCAGGAUUUGUUGAGGCUAGAUACAUCCCAGGAAGAAAUGUAGCUUUUGUUGAUUUUAAUUCAUAUCAGAAUGGAGAUAUUGCGAUGAAUGGGUUACAAAGUUUCAAAAUUACCCCACAACAUCCUAUGAAAAUUACUUGGUCCAUUUAA